AUGGCAGAUCCUGGCACUAUUUCCGAGUGCAGGUGCAACCUUGUAGGCACAAAGACAAGUUUCCAGAUUGCGCAAGGCAAUCUAGAUGACCUUCGCAAAUACCUCGAAUUUGGAUGGCAGCCUUUUCUUCAACAAGAAGGUAUUGCCAGCGAUCCGUCAAGUCUAUGGGAUGCAGAGCAUUUGCCAUAUUGGACCAUAAUAAAAGCAGUAUUCUGCAAACAAACACUCUGCGUUUACAGUCCCAACUAUGCGACAUCGUGGAAUCCUCUCCCACACUGUUACAGUGCACUGAUAGCAGCGAUACGAGCCCAAUCGGCGGAGAACGUUGAACUUCUCCUGAAACUAGGAGCAAACCCGGAUGGAUACGAAAUCUCAUCAUUUGAGGCCUGGCAAUCGCUAUUUCUGCAUUUCCGAACGGAGGUUGACCUCAAUAAAUUAUGGGAUGACUGCACAAGAGAUGGAGAUGAUUGCACAAGAGCCGAAAUUUUGGCUGAUAUGCCGAGACAACAGACAGUUCGUAUUACUGAAGAAGAGGUGGAAGAACGCCCGCUACUAGAAUUCUGGGCAGGAGUAACAAGGGCGAGCCUUUGCGACGAGUAUCCGAACUUUGGGCAUCCCUUGGUUAUCGCAGCCGGGUCAGGACUAGUCAAAAUCAUGGACCUUCUUCGCGCUACAGAUGCAGAUCGCUCAUUCUGGACAGCCUUCCCUGCUCUGGAGGAUCUACCGGAGCCACCAACACCCUCAUCUCUCGCCCUCUCCUCUCCAAUUCAUGCUGCAAUCUCAAGCGCAAGUCAGGGCAUAGAAAUGCUUCAUUAUCUACUCCAGGCUGGCUUCAAUCCCAAUGUUCUUCCGCUUGGGGACGUAUGCACCAGCAUCACUCCCCUUAUGGCAACUUUCCUUCAUUGUGAACUCUGGAAUGAAACGGCGUAUGAUAUCCUGGCAAAGACCCACGUAUCGACUUCGGCAUCCGCACCCCAUAUCUCCUUGUCCGUAUUUUACAUGUCGCGACAGCACAUUCCCUACAUGCUCUUCAGCGUGUCGAACAGAGUAUUUCCCUUGAUGCUGCUGGUGCAACGGCCGCAGGUCAUACACUCCUCCAUAUAG